AUGGCAGGCAACUGCGUGGAGGGGAGCUGCAUUUCACAUUUUUUGCGUGCGAGUGGCUGGGGUGAAGUGGUGGAUAAGGUGCAAAUGCUGCUCCUUGCAGCAAUGACACGACUCACGCGCGACCUCUUGGAGCUGUUCGCUCGAGUAAAGGCUUCACCAGAUCGCCGUCGUGUCGUGAAGGAACUCUUUGCACAAAUUAAGAGCGUCAUCACCGAAAUUGCAACGAUUCCUGUUGAAUAUGCGCAACUAACAGGUGUGCGUACCACCCUCGACGUGUUCCCCUGUGGAAGUUUCGUCGUCGCUACAGACCUCAGUGACUCGGCCCUGGACCUCACAAUUGUGCAACGGGUGAGCCCAGAAAUGCGUUACUUCCUGCGGAGGUGCAACGAGAAGCCUGACGAAGUGCCGCCAGUGGAAGGACUCGUACGAAUUCGCUUGAUUGGCACGGACGUGGAUGUUCUUCUGCGGUACCCUUCCGGCUCCGCUCUGGCGUUGCCGCUGUUAACCGAAGGUGACUUGAUAGACCGUCUCCGGAGUGUUCUGAUCGAUCGGCUGUCGCUGCAGAUGUCAGACGCCACUUGUCACAAGAAAGAUGCAUGUAAUCUCUGCCUUCACUCCUCUUCGGCAGGUGGCAUCGAUGUGAAUCUAACAGUCAAUGAAGAGGAUGCCGUUGAGGGUUCCGAGGUGCUUCAUAGUUUCCUCAAAGGCAAUGGGCUGGUUCGAAUCGUGAUCGCUUUUAUGAAGUUGUCCCUGAAGCAGUUCGAUGUGCACCCCUCACAGCUUACUCCGUACGUGGUAACGUUGAUGGUUGUUGCGUUUGCCAAGUACUGCUCCCACACUUACCCAAUGCCCAAUUACUUGCACUAUCCGUAUCGACGGGAAGCAGUAGAGCCAGGCUACCUGUUAUUUUCGUUUCUGAGCUUUUUCUGCCCGCCACCACGUGGGCUAUUUGAUCCGAGACGUAUGCGCAUUGUUCCCUCUCAUCCACACGGUAUUCUGCAGGAACCUGAAAACGAAUGCUUUCCGCUGUCAGACCCCAGCGAGAGCAGCGGAGAUUUGUGUUGGCACGUGAUGGAGCCAACAAGUCAUGAACGCAAUGCAGCUGCCUCAUGCAAAUUGAUUCACCAGUGCCCUCAGCUGUUUGAGUACAUUCUCAUUCGUCUGCUUCACACAUAUGAUGGGGGUGUUCUCCUAUCAUCAUUCAAUUCUCGCAAGGAGGCAACAAGCCAGAUGGAGCACAGUUGCAAGGACGCAAUAAUAACUGAGGCGAAUCCGCUAUCUCUUCGCAAUCAGUUUGAUCCCCUCACGCUUCGUGACUGGCGGCCCAUCAUGCGGGAAGAGUCUUCACAACCUUCGGUCUAG